AUGACGACCAUGGGCGUUACGGUGUUCUGCAACAGGGUGCAAAUAAACGGCAACGAUCAGGAGCAGCUGAUGCUGCUGAGGACUCUGCAGGACAACGAAAGCAAUAUAAUCGGCAAUCAACCGCACCUGAUAGUCCCGAAGAACAACAACAACAACGCGAACGCGAAUUCAGCGACAGUUUUGCCACCUUACGACCCAUCCAGGCUGAAGAAGCACGGGAAGAAUGGUCAGCCGCCGCCAGUGGCCGUUGCACGAAGAAACGCGCGUGAGAGGAAUCGCGUUAAACAAGUGAACAAUGGAUUCGCGACUUUGAGACAGCACAUUCCGAGUCACAUCGCUGCAGGAUACGGAGACAGAGGCAAGAAGCUGUCGAAAGUGGAAACCUUGCGAAUGGCCGUGGAGUACAUUAGGGGACUUCAAAGGCUGCUCGCCGAGGCUGAUGGGGUUGAAUACGAUUCGAAUGUUGGCGCUACGCAGUGUAUGCCUUCGCCCACCAGCAGCGUAGUUUCGUCGAGUCAUAACGGUUCUGGGGAGAGACUCGUCCUCGAAGACGAUGUCCUUGCUGCUGAGGAUGACGAUGGUGAACAGUUGGAGGAGGACGAGGAUGCUGGAAAACAGAAGACCACGUCCAAAUUAUCGCCAAAUCGAACUGCAGUCUCAUCGCCACAUGAUUAUUACGCGUCCUCAAUAGGGGAUGAAGAGAAUCUCGAGCCGAGGACUCUAUCAAACACGCAGAAUUUUUCCCGGCUCUCCCCUAAUUCGGUAGCAUCUCCACCCUCGGAGUAUUAUGGGCAAAACGAGGAGAACCUCGAGCCCCAAAUUCUCUCGCCGUAUAGUGGCGCCGGGGAUAGCGAAGAGGGUGCAGCCACCGUUUAUGCGGCAAGUCCGGAAACCUUUUCUGGAGCUCUAUAUUAUAAGCAGGAGAUCACCGAAUCCGGUGAAUUCAUGGACGUCGUCAGCUGGUGGGAACAGGAGCAGGGCAGGCUAGUACAUCAGCAACACGCCCAACGCCUCACACACGUGUAAUAAAAAGGAUUCGUAUAAGAACUUGAACGCACAUCCCAUUGGAGUGAUCUCACGAAACGAAGAGUUGCUUCGGAAUGAAAUUU